GAACGCAGAGUUUUGACAGCUGGGACCUGGUGCAGGAGAGUGUGUGUGUGUAUGUGUAUGGUGCGAAGUAAUUUUGCGUUUACAUUUUCCACAUAAACUUCUUCACUCAAAUAAGUCAUUGAAAUGGUCGGCAUUAGUGACAGCUAAUCCAGGAUUUGAACAUUGUUGCGAACUACCAGAAGAACCUUUUAUCAUACAUUUCCCAUAUUCGAAACGCUCGAGAUCACGAUAACACGUUGUGCAAAAAACAAAUAAACCGUAAAACAAAGUAACAUAAGGAUAACCAAAAUAAAAUAACAGACACACAGACACAUACACAAACAAUGUCAUUCAGUCAAUAUACAUCGAAACCUCUGAGUCCAAUCGACGAGGAUAAAUCCACAACCACACAAGUUAUUCGUGAGGUGUACGAAGGCGAUGAGCAUGAUACAUUCGAAAAUGAGCUAGAAAAAGCACUCGAAGCCAAAGUGAAAUACAUCAUAAUUGAACCGCAACGUUUGGGCGAUGAAACGGCACGAUGGAUUCGGGUGGGAAAUUGCUUGCACAAAACGGCUGUGGUUAGUGGUUUGGCAUCGAUCGUAUGCGGUGCAAUAAUGCCGGAACGGCCGGUGUUCAGUGCACCGUUGUGUGCGAUUUCGAUUUUCUGCACCGGACUCUAUACAGUUAGCUGGAAUGUCGAUUAUUGUUGUCAAUAUCAGGUCGAGACGGAUCCGAAGAAAUUAGAAAAAAUACCCGACUUCCAAAAUUUCUCAUCACCAGUAGCAUUAGUUUAUACGAAAAAUACUCGCACAAAAUACCUACAUCGGUCCGUAACACUGUUAGCAACCGCAUUCUGUGCAUGGACACUCUACGAAGCGUACAAAUAGAACCAAACCAAAAUACACCAAUCAAAUAUCCCCAAUAAACAUACAUCAAGCGUUGGAAAUUUCAGAAAAAUUUAUCGUUUUGUCUGUCUGUAAAUGAGAAUGCUGCGCGCAGAAUGGCUAACAACAACAAUAAAACACAACACAUCAUAGAGGACGGUACAUACUCGAAACAACAACAAGAAGAACAGCAAACCAUCAAUCGGUGUUCAUAUUUUUAAUUGUUAACAAAAUCAUCCGUUUGAGGGAGGAAAGGAGAACGAGCGAUUACAAAAUGCCAUACUAGCCAACAAAACACACAACAAACAAACAAAAAAAAACACAGGCAAAACCAAUUUUAUGGGAGAAAUUGUAUUUUGAAACAAACAAAAAAAGAAGAGAAAAAAAACUAUAUUACAUUAAUGUUAGGGAUUAUAAAGGUACGCUUGAAGCGAAUUAAAAUGGUUUAGUUUUAACUGAAGAGAAAAAAAGAGAGAAAAAAACACAAUAAAAUCAGAGAUAUGAAACCAGAGAUGAAACUAUUUUAGAACAGAGAAACUCUAUCUAAAUGCCGUUGAAUGGAAUACAAACGUAAAGCAGAGAAUUACUACGCCAAUUGAAAUACAAAGUGGAAUAAUUAGAAAUAUUUAAAUAAAUUCAAAGACAAAGUUUAUUUAAAAAGCAAUUCAAGCGAAAUCAAUUUUCAAUACACACACACACACAGAAGAAGAAAACAUACAUCACGAAUCGACGUGAAAAAAGAACAUAUUUUAUCUAGUUUGUUUUAGCUCUUGUUCGAGAAAUAUACGAAUCACAGGGUUGUUCAAAAUGUUGCUGUCGAAUGUCAUCUUCGGAAGUGUCCGAAGGUUUUUAUUUAUUUGGAUUAUUGUUGUUGAUUUUGUUUUUCUGUCACCAAUACAUGCCAACCGCUUGUCAGAAAUAGCGCCACGAAUGAAAGAAGAGAAAUAGAAAUCGAAAAACCCAAAAUCCUAUAUGCAUGUGCCGAACCAUUUGGGGUAAAAUUGAUAUUUCUCAUGCUAAAUUACAAUCAGCUAAAACGAAAGACAAGUCAAAAACUUAUACGGGUGUAAUAAUUGGAAUGAAUUAUCCUAAACUUAUGCAAAGCAAUCGGAGUAUUUUUUGUAGAAAUCGAAGAAGAAAAAAACUUGUGCGUUAACGAACGACAAAUCGAAACAUUGACAUUCAACAGCAUCUUUUAACAAUCCUGUGCAUAUAAUUUUAUAGAAAACGAAUAAAAAAAAAUGCUAUAGAAAUUCACUAGAA